UCUCUCUCUCUCUCUCUGUGUGUGUGUGUGUGUGUCAGACGCAUCCAUACCCAAAUCCCUUCAUUCAUUCAGCUCAUGUUCCCGCACCUUUUCGCCGGUUCUCGUUACAUAACUGCCUUAAUUAAGAAGAAGAAACCUUUUUGACGUCCGCGCGACGUUUUUAUCGGGUGUCGUAGCUUCAUCCGUCCACCUUGAAGAGCUCCUCUCUGGGCUUCCUCUCCCCCUUAGAAACUCUCGUGCCAUGCAGGAGGUGUAACCCUCCACCCUUUUCUUUUUUGUGUGCCACGGAAACCUUAAGCCAAGCCAAGAUGUCGGGCACCGACCCGUCAUUGCCGACAGACCCCCAACUGCCUUUGACGUCCCCCCGCACGCCCCUGCAGCUUUCUUUUCCUUUCCUGAGGGAAGGCAGCCGUGUUUGGGAGAGGGAGAGGAAACCACCUCAGCCUGGAGAGCUGCCCAGCCCGCUGCCAACAAAACGCACACGCACAUACUCAGCGACAGUACGAGCCAGAUCAGGUCCUGUAUUUAAGGGCGUGUGUAAAAACUUUUCCAGAUCUCAGGGUCAUGGAUUCAUCCGCCCUUCUCAUGGAGGAGAGGACAUCUUCGUUCACAUUUCUGACAUUGACGGGGAGUACGUGCCUAUGGAAGGAGACGAGGUCACCUACAAGGUGUGUCCGAUCCCGCCCAAGAACCAGAAAGUCCAGGCUGUGGAAGUGGUCAUCACCCACCUGAACCCAGGCACCAAGCACGAGACCUGGUCGGGUCAGAUCAUCAGCUCCUAGACCGGCGCUUCGGAGGUCACGGCGACAACGCAACGGAAGAUUAGGAUUUUUUUAAUUUUAGGUUUUAUGUUUUUGAGGUGUGGCAGGUAAGAUCAGGCACGGGGCAAUCUGAGCUUCUGAGAGGUACAAGGUGGGCCACGGAUGUUUUGGUACGGAGGGCGAAGCGUGUCGUUAGGCUUGAAAUGAAGCACUGAAUGUAUCUGAAUGUCUUUCUAGUGAAGGUUUAUGGGGUUGUCUUUAGGAUUUAAAUGUUUUACGUCGAAGCCUCGAGUUCGGAAAGUAACACCGCAAUCAUUGCUCAUUUCAUCUUGAUAGGAUGUGUGUUAGUAGGCUUUGAGGAUGUGAUGUCUCGGGUUUAUUUGGGAUGUGUGGAAGAGGCCAAAAUGAGCUCAGAUCAAACAGGAAACGGUUUUGGCUCAUUGACUGCCAGUGGGAACCAUGUGACUUACAAAUUCAAGGGACCAGCUUGCUAGAGCUAUUUUCUUUACUUUCAUGCUAGAAAGUGGCACACACUUUUUCUUAAAAAAAAAAAAAUUAAAUGCACACAGUAUAUUUACCCUUCUGUUAUUUCUGUUUACAGACUGCAUGUUUUAGGGAGAAAAACCUAGUUGUUUUCACGAAUGCUUACAAGUACAUAUUCUUUAGUCAAAACCUUAUUAAGGUCGUUCUUUAUGCCGGUAAACCACCAAUUGAGUGUACUCACACAAGCAGUUUGGUUUCACAGACGUCCUGUUUGUUCUAAAGACGUUUUGGCCUCAGCGACUGUUUAGGAAAAAUCCUUUCAGUAUCGUAACACUUUCUGUUAGUAGAUAAGGGCGGAAGUCCAGUUUUAUUGUAGCCAGCUCCUAUGACGGCCGUACAUUUUCUGUGGUAGAGAUGGUAUAACAUUGUUAGCCUGCCACUGGAAAACAAGGCCAGAGGGUUUAGGUGUGAGGGAGGAACAUGGCAACGGUAACAGGUCCUGGGUAAGGGCACGAGAUGAAGGGAAGGACUGAGCAGUGAUAUUUAGGGAACGUAAGGAAGGAAUAUAAAGAUUCAAGUCAGUACAUUGCAAACCAUUGUUCACAACCUGAAAGUGAACUCAAAAGAAAUAGUUUGAGAUUUUGAAGAAACAGACAUCUAUCACACAUAAAUAUUGUGUCUUUAGAUAUCAUUUGAAAUCUCAAACUGAGCAGUGAUUGAUAUUUAAUUGACAAAGCAAACAGCGUAGUGUUGCUAAGCUAAUAAGCUGCUUUAUAUAGCGUAUAUUAAACGUAAAAGCAGCUUUUUUUUUUUUUAGUUCUUGCCAAGUCAGCAAAUAAGCAUAUUUCACAAAUUGCUGAGCUAGUUCUGACACAUUGUUGCUGAAAGAAAACAGCUGUUCUGGUUUUAAUAAAAAAUAUAUAUAUCUUGAUUUCCUGAUAUCGUUACAGCGUUACAUACAUCUUACAUUUUCUAAUUGUUACGAUAAAAAAUAGACACAUUUUUAAUUUUUACCUUAAAAUAAUGAACACCAGAUUUUUUUUUUUUGUUUGUUUGUUUUUUUUUUUCGGGAAGUUUCUUAUGUUACAUAAAUACUGUGAAACAGACAAUAAAAACACAGGUAAAGCUUCCAGAUGUAAGAAAAAAGUAAUUUAUUUAUGUACUUAUUUAUUUUCAUUUGUAUCUAUGAACAAAAAAAUAGGUUUAGCAAUUAAACACUGUAUUUCUAUGUAUUUGUGUAACUUUAAGCUGUUUAAACGCUGCACAUCUCACUCUGAUGAUCCUUCCCUACUAAAGUCUCCUUCCUGCCGUCAUGUUAUCUUGAAAAAAAAGAGAGAAAAAAACCUCAACACAAUUUUCUAAUUUCUACUAUAUUUGUCUAACUUUUAAUAACUGAAUGAUGUCCGAGAUACCAUGCAGGCUCUCGCCAAGUUCUUCACGAGUUGUUUAGUUGAGAAUGUGCUAUAAUUCAGUUUCAUCAUGCAGUAACCCAGGCGAAGCCUGUAGAGGGAGCUGUUGUCUCAUCUCUCAUCCUUCCUGGAUUCCUCACUUUUAGAGUGAUCUAGUAUCACAGUAGCACUCUUUAUCUGUUGGAUGUCUGUACUGUGGAGAGAAACAAGUUUGAUUGUGUUUUUGGAGCACUUUUAUUUUUUUAAAUUUAUUUUUCUUUUGUCAGAUCACUGUGAUGUUUGUCGUUUCUUGUUUAAACGUUAAAUAAAGCUUACAGCUGCAUA